AUGUCGGGGUCACAAGUAGGCGAAGGCAAUUACCAUAUUGUCGUAGAGUUUUCGCCAUGCGAUGUUCAAAUCGCAGCUGGCCAUAGGGAUGGGGCGGUUUGGUUGGAGACACCUCAAGUUUAUAUGGUGUUUUCUUCAGCCAGUAAAAGGAUUAUUUCAGUAUCUUGUGGUGUACUUGACGGAUGGAACACAGAGACAGAGAGUGCUAUCGCGAAAUGGUAUUUGGACCUGCUAAAACGACAGCGAUAUUUUCGCCGACAUAUACUUAAAGGACAUACCAGCAAUAUUCGUUCCAUGGCUUAUUCGCCUGAUGGUCAGUAUAUUGCUUCAGGCAGUGAAGACAUGACAGUGAGACUAUGGGAUUCUCAGUCAGAUUCUAUUGAUGGAUCAUUUACUGAUUUCGAGGAUCAGCAUCAGCCGGAAGCCAAAAUGUUUGCCUAUAAUUUUUUGGAUGGAGAUGGGCGUGCUGAUUCGAUUGUAGAGGAACAUUGGGUACACAAUAACAUCGAUAUUAGCAAGGCCCUUCUAGAAUUUCGCAGUCGAGUGGUGGAAAAUAACUUUGGGCUAAGUCAGCCCAUGAAAAGUUCCUUUGAAGAAACACCACCAAAAUCGAUGAUCUUGAAGCAAGUGCUUACUCGCCUUACAACCACUCGUGAGCUAUGGUCUGGGGAUGAGGAAAACGAGGCAUCAUUCUUGAAGAAUAUGCUGGCCCCAUGUCUUGAUGCAUAUUUCGGAACUAUGCCCAACGUCAAUACAAGAUGGUAA